UGAGAAAGACCUAAAAAGAGUUGUGAUAGGGUAGGGAAGUAGUGCUUCUCGGUUAUGUCAUGUGAAGCCCGACCUCUAGACAGAAGAGACGACUCUGCCCUUCUCCCCCUCUCCUCGAUUCUCUGUUUCUAGCUUUUACCCUUUGCUUUCAGAAGAGGAAACUCCUUCCUCCUUCAACCUUCCGAAGAACUCCCGCAUUCCUGCAUCGAAACCCAUCUUCAAUCAUGGGCAGCGAAUACGACUAUCUCUUCAAGCUUCUGCUAAUCGGGGACUCCUCAGUUGGGAAAUCCUGCCUGCUCCUUCGAUUCGCUGAUGAUUCCUAUGUGGAUAGCUACAUCAGUACUAUUGGGGUCGAUUUCAAAAUCAGAACUGUGGAGCAGGAUGGAAAGACAAUCAAGCUGCAGAUUUGGGAUACUGCUGGUCAGGAGCGCUUCCGAACAAUAACAAGCAGUUACUACCGAGGGGCACAUGGGAUAAUCAUUGUUUAUGAUGUCACUGAGAUGGAGAGCUUCAACAAUGUCAAGCAGUGGUUGAGCGAGAUUGACAGAUAUGCAAAUGACAGUGUCUGCAAGCUUUUGGUUGGGAACAAAUGCGAUCUAGUUGAGAACAAAGUUGUAGAUACGCAAACAGGACAGGCGCUCGCAGAUGAGCUAGGCAUCCCUUUUCUCGAGACCAGUGCUAAAGAUUCAAUAAAUGUGGAGCAAGCUUUCUUGACAAUGGCUGCAGAAAUUAAGAAAAAAAUGGGUAACCAGCCGACUGCUAGCAAGGCAACCGGAACGGUUCAGAUGAAAGGACAGCCAAUCCAGGAAAAGAGCAACUGCUGUGGUUGAGCGAGUCGUGCUAUUUUUGCUGUUCCAGCGGAGGACUGUUGGACGAUGGAACAUGUGUUUUUACAUUGUUUAUAUCGCGCUUAGAACAAACUGUUGAUCUGUUAUGUUCCUACCUGUCUAACUUAAUGAAGCUCGAAACUGUAGAUUCAGUUCAAGGAUCUUGUUAUUAUUAGUGGCAGAACUGACUUGGUGCAAUCAAUAAUGUAUUGCCCUGACUUGCAAAUCACUUGCAAUCCGAGUUCACCAAUGAUUUGGUGGCCCUGACUCGAUUGAUCCCCUAAUCCGAUUAACCCUAUAGCUGGUUAACAG